GAGGAGGGAGGCCGCGCUUCCGGCCUCCAUUUUAUACAAACAGCAGCGGGCCGCAGGUCGAGGCUGUGCGGCUCAGCUCGGGUUUUCCUGUGGGUGCGGGAGGGCGGCUUUCUGAGGGUGGGCGCGUGUCUGUUGGCGCCGCGCCGCCCCCCGCCCUGCCGUGCUCCGCCCUGCCCUUCCCGCCCGGCGCGGUGAUGGGCGCCCCCCGCUGCCUGCGGAAGUUCCGCCCCGCUCGCUGAGCCCAUCCGAGCGCCCGCGGCUCCGAGCGGCUCCGUGUGCCGGGGGGGGGGGGGAGAGGGGCAGGCCCGGCGGCAUGGAGCAGGGCGUGGUGGGCCAUCCGGUGACCCUCAUCAUUAAGGCGCCCAACCAGAAGUAUACCGACCAGACCGUCAGCUGCUUUCUGGACUGGACCGUGGGCAGGCUGAAGUCGCACCUCUCCGACGUUUACCCCAGCAAACCGUCCACAAAGGAUCAGAGACUGGUGUAUUCUGGCAGACUGCUUCCUGAUCACCUGCAGCUGAAAGAUGUUCUCAGAAAACAGGAUGAAUAUCAUAUGGUUCAUCUGGUGUGUACUUCCCGGACACCCCCAAGUUCUCCAAAGCCAAGCACCAGUAGAGGUGGUCACGGAGCUUCAACCUCCAGCAGUAGCUCAAGUUUGGACCAUUCUGGAUCAACUGCAGCCUCACCCACAAACCAAGAAGCUUCAUCUCCAUCUUUGAACACUGGUGCAGAUGGAGUGAGACAUCGUAAUCUCCCACAAGCACAGAGUGAUCCCAUACCGAGCCACCAGUUUCCUUAUUUAAUGCAGGGCAAUAUAGGCAACCAGUUUCCAGGCCAGGCUAUUCCUGCUGGAUUUCCUGUGUAUCCUGCAUUCAGUCCCUUACAGAUGAUAUGGUGGCAACAAAUGUAUGCACGUCAGUACUACAUGCAAUACCAAGCUGCUGUUUCAGCCCAAGUGACAUCCAGCACUGAACCAGUGAGAUCUGCGGUCGCUCAGGCUGUAAAUUCCCAACGUGCUCCUGCAAAUGAGCCUGCAGCAGUGCCGAAUGUAGCCAUCCAGGAGAACAGGCCUGUGAACCCCAAUGUCCAGAUGAACGCCCAGGGAGGCCCUGUGGUGAAUGAGGAGGACUUCAACCGGGAUUGGCUGGACUGGAUGUACACAUUCUCUAGAGCAGCCAUUCUUCUGAGCAUUGUAUACUUCUAUUCUUCCUUCAGUCGGUUUGUCAUGGUAAUGGGAGCCAUGCUACUGGUUUACUUACACCAGGCUGGAUGGUUCCCCUUUAGGCAAGAGGGUGGCCAGCAACAAGCAGCCAAUAAUGUGGAAGGGAACCGUGAUGGGCAAAAUGCAAAUAAUCCUGAUCUUGAAGAGAUGGAACGACUUAUGGAUGACGGGAUUGAUGAAGACAGUGGAGAAGAUGCUGGUGAAGAUGCCAAUAUAGAGCAGCAGCCUGGAUUCAUGGCUUCUGCUUGGUCCUUUAUCACAACCUUCUUCACAUCACUCAUCCCUGAAGGGCCUCCACAGGUUGGCAAUUAAAACAAAGAGGAACUGCAUCAGACAGUCUCAGUAGCCAUACGUAGAAGUGGAGCAGAUUCUAGAGGGUGUUUUAAACGCAGUGCAAUUUCAUAAAAUUUAUAAUGUUAUCUUUUUGAUCACGGUGUACAAAAAUGUGUAAUUUUUUUCUUUUGGCUUUCUCAUGCAUUAUGUAUUUUAAGCACAAGUGGACUACUAAAUGCUUUCCUUAAGAUUCUUCUUUUUCUGAAGAAUGAAAUGUAAAGAUACUGGUCUUCCAUGUUUUAUUUUAAUUUCAGAUGUGUAUUACACUGAGGCAAAAAGCUUGUACUUAAUCUGCACCAUUACCUCUUUAAAGAGCUGUUACAAAUCAUGAACGUUGACAGAUUUUCCUAAAUGCUGACUGAAU